AUGGCGCCCCUGUCAUCCAUUCUCCUUCUCCAAACCUCGUUCCUCGUGCUCGCGUCACAUGCGGCGGCAAGUCAGCAACAGAAGCAGCAGCAGCUCCUGGCAGCCAUCAAGAAGCUUUCGCCCGACUCCAACGAGAAGCUCUUCCCCGAGCACCUCUCCUUCGCUCCCCUUACCGUCUUUCCCCGCGAAGCAGCGCAAUUCUUCGCCUACGACAACGACGACGACGAAGACUUGCAGCUCAACGAGACGGCACGGUUCUUUCUCCCGGCGUUUGCUCGUCAUCAAGAUGACGGCGAGCCGGGCCUGCUGAGGCGGGCGGCAGAGGCCUUGACCCUUCUGCAAAGGCAGGCAAGCUGUCCCGUGGGCAUGAAGAGCUGCGCCGACCAGGGCGCUCCGAACAAGUGCUGCCAAGAGGGCACCUACUGCGCCGGCGUGGCCGAUGCGAAUGUCGGGCAGGUGGCAUGCUGCCCGCUGGGGACGGGAUGCACCGGAGGCGUCGGGAGCUGCCCGUCGGAUGCGACGAGCUGUUCGUCCGAGCUCGGCGGCGGAUGCUGCAUACCCGGCUUCGUAUGCCAAGGUGCCGGCUGUGUUCCCAGCGCUUCGGCGACGACCACCGCUGCGGCGGCGAGCCCGUCAAGCACGAUGGCUUCGACGACAUCCACCACCACGUCAAACAUUGCCGCCGGCAGUCCCCCAUGGCGCCCGACUGGGUCCCCCGAAACGACGACGGCCUGGACGAGCGGCGAGUCGGCGACGCAGUCAGGCUGUCCCACCGGUUUCUACGGUUGUCUCGCCACCCACGGUGGAGGCUGUUGCCGCACCGAUCGGCAAUGUCAGACGUCCUCUUGCCCACCAGCCCCGUUGACGACCAUGGUCGCCAACGGGGUCACCAUCGUCGUGCCCGUCGGCGAUGUGCCUAGGCCGACGGCGACGACCACCUGCGCAAACGGUUGGUUCAUGUGCGGCAGCGAGGCCGGCCCCGUCGCCGGAUGCUGUCCGAGCGGCUACUCGUGCGGCACGGCGAGCUGCUUCACCGCCCAGGCGAGCCAGACGGGAAGCAGGCCGAAGCUGGUUCCCGGGCAGAGCGCAGCCUCUCGCGCUGGUGCAGCCGCAGCUGGCAUGUUGCUUCUCGGUCCGGCUCUCGGGGCCUGCUUGGUGAUGAUGCAUGCUCUCUGGUGGUGA